AACACGACUUGGUUAUUAUUCAAUAUAUAUGACUCAAUCUUUUUGAACGAGUAGUUUGAUUAUUUCAUUGUUUAAUUUAUAUCCCUCUCUGCUCUGCUUCAUUUCAACCAAGCCUAUUUCAUUCUUCUAUUUCUUUCCUUCUUUUUUCUUCUGCUGCAAGAAUGAAACCUCUGUUUCAUUCAUCUUCUUUUUGCUUUUUCUCUUUGUCACUUUUGAUGAUCUUCAUCAUAAAUAUUCCAACAUGUCUGUGUGAGGGUGAUGAAUAUUACAAAAACUGUAACACCGCUUUUACCUGCGAAGACAACAAAGACCUCAAGUAUCCGUUCUGGGGAGUAAACAGAGAAAGUUAUUGUGGUAGUGUUGCUGAUGGUAUUAAUACGAUGCUUACAUGCGAAGAAGAAGUUUCAAAGAUCACAAUCAAUAACCUUAAAUACCGUAUUCUUGAUUGGGACAAUACAACACAGAAACUCACUGUUGCUAGGGACGAUUACUGGAGUGGUAAUGUUUGUGAUGUGAAUACUAAUAUCGAGAGCAGCACAUUUGAUAACACUCAAUUUCAACGUUACAGUAAUGAUGUUGCUAACGUAACUCUCUUAUAUGGUUGCAAUGUUGGAGUUGUGACUCCGUUUUAUGAUAUUGGCUGUGGCGGAAGUGAAAAUGUUGUCUACACCGUUGUUUAUUCUGCUCCAUUCUCUGCCUUCUGCACUCCGACUAGUACGGUGGUAAUUCCGAUUUUUGGAACCCAAGCUGUACAACUGGGAACUGGCAACGGAAUACUGAGCGAGGCAUUAAAAGAUGGUUUUGAGUUGAGAUGGAUUGGAAAUUACACGGAGUGCCGGAGUUGUGUUACUUCUGGUGGAGCGUGUGGGAAUGAUGGAGGUAAUCAAUUCAGAUGUUUCUGCAAUGAUGGAGCUCAUGCAACUUCAUGUCAUUCAUCAUUGCUCCCAUCCACAAGUAUUUCUUCAUUUGAUUGCGCAAAUCUAGAAAACUUGACAUAUCCUUUCUGGAGAUCGAGUAGGCCGCAGUACUGCGGCCACCCGAAUUUUGAGCUACAAUGCAAAGAUGAAUUUGCAACCAUUACCAUUAUGUCACAAAAUUAUAGAAUUCUCGAAGUAGUUGAUUCUGUUCAUAGACUCAAAGUUGUAAGAGCUGAUUAUUGGAACAACGUUUGUCCAACCAAUCCUAAGAACACAACUUUAGGUCGCAAUUUCUUCGAUUAUGGUUCGGAUUCCCGGAACCUGACGCUCUACUAUGAUUGUUCUUACACUCCAUUUCCUCUACCAGAUAGUUUUUCUCCCCAGUUUAACUGUAGUAGAAAUGGAAUUCAAAUGGUUAACUAUUUUUUGUUGGAGAGUAAUCUUGAGAACGGCAAGGGUUCGGUUUCUGAAUCAAUUGGAACAUGCAAAUAUAGAGUGAUUGUUCCAGUUUUGGAGUCAGAAGCUGAAAAGGUAGUGACAAAUUCAAGUGUGGAGAAUUUAAAGGGUGCUAUUGAUAAUGGUUUUGAAGUGGAAUGGAAUGCGAAUAAUAGUUUGUGUCAUGAGUGUCAAAGCUCUAGUGGACACUGUGGUUAUGAUCCAAGCUCAAAGGAUUUCACAUGCUUUUGUAAAGAUGGAUCAUUUCCACAUUCAUGUAGAUCAGGACAACAAACUAUGUUGUCCUUGUCCCUCCCCUCUCCUGUCACCACCACCACCAUCAUCAUCUUCUUCAUCUUCUCUCUUCACUAUACAACUUCCUUACCCUCUCAUGCAUCACUCUCUAGCUGCAACAACACCACCUUCAACUGUGGAACCAUAACCAACCUUUCCUACCCUUUCACCGGCGGCGACCGUCCUUCCUUCUGCGGGCCACCACAGUUUCACUUGAACUGCAAAAACAAUGUUCCAGAGUUGAACAUUUCUUCAUUGAGUUACCGAGUUCUUCAAAUCAACUCAGUAACUCAUUCUCUCACGUUAGCUAGAUUAGACCUUUGGAACGAAACAUGUACCCAAAAUUAUAUUAACUCGACUUUUGAUGGAACUAGCUUUAGCUACGGUUCGGGAAACCGUAACCUUACUUUGUUUUAUGGGUGCAAACCCACUUCAGAAUUUACCAAAGUGCCGCAGAAUUUGUUUUACUGUGAAAACAAUGGGUAUAAGAAUAAUUCAUAUUCUUUGAUUGGUCCAUUUCCUUUGGACCCGGUUCUUAGAUUUGUUGAAUGUGAUGAAGUUGUUGGUGUGCCAAUUCUUGUAGAGCAGGCUAGUAGGUUUGUAGGAAAUCGUUCUUUGCUUAGGGAGGUUUUGAUGAAAGGGUUUAAUGUGAAUUAUAGCAAUCCUUUUGAUGAUGAUUGUUUUGAAUGUAUUGAUUCUGGUGGCCAACAAUGUGGAUUUGAUUCUGAUGAUAAUGAAUCCAUUUGUAUAUGUGGUAAUGAGUUGUGUCCUUCAGGUAAUAGCUCUAGCAAGGGCGCUCUAAUAGGUGGCGCAGUUGCAGGAGUUGCAGCCCUUGUUUGCAUUCUUGGCUUUGCAUGCUUAGUGGUGCGGAGAAGAAAGAAAAAUGUUGAGAAAUCUAGAAGCAGGGUCCUCUUUAUGCCUCCUUCAAGCAGUGACAUUGGCACUGGCACUGGCACUCUAACCUCCACUACUAAUUCGUCUCAGAGCAUUCCUUCUUACCCCUCUUCCAAAUCGGACGCAAUGCCGAAGAGUUUCUACUUUGGUGUUCAGGUGUUUACCUAUGAUGAGCUAGAAGAAGCUACCAACAAUUUCGACGCCUCUAAAGAACUUGGAGAUGGAGGUUUUGGCACAGUUUACAAAGGUGAUCUCAAAGAUGGACGCGUGGUUGCAGUGAAACGCCAUUACGAAAGCAAUUUUAAGCUUGUGGCGCAGUUCAUGAAUGAAGUUGAGAUUCUAGCGAAGUUAAGGCAUAAGAACCUUGUUACACUCUAUGGAUGCUCCUCUAAACACAGCAGAGAGCUUCUCCUUGUUUAUGAAUACAUACCAAAUGGAACAGUAGCUGAUCAUAUUCACGGGAACCAAUCAAGUUCAUGUUUGCUUCCUUGGUCUGUAAGAAUGAACAUUGCACUAGAAACAGCUGAAGCACUAGCCUAUCUCCAUGCAUCAGAUGUCAUACACCGCGACGUUAAAUCCAACAACAUCCUCCUAGACGAAAAAUUUCAUGUUAAGGUUGCUGAUUUCGGUCUGUCAAGGUGGCUUCCGAACGAUGUCACGCAUGUAUCAACAGCUCCACAAGGAACACCUGGUUACGUUGAUCCUGAGUAUUAUCAGUGUUACCAACUCACUGAAAAGAGCGAUGUUUACAGCUUUGGCGUAGUCUUAGCCGAGCUUAUAUCGUCGUUACAAGCUGUGGAUAUUACCAGGCACCGCAGCGACGUGAACUUGGCGAAUAUGACUGUCAACAAAAUUCAGAGCCAAGAAUUACAUGAGUUGGUUGACCCGUUUCUUGGAUAUGAAAAAGACAAUGCUGUGAGGAGGAUGACGACCGCAGUCGGUGAAUUGGCGUUUAGAUGUUUGCAGCAGCAAAGAGACAUGAGACCUUCAAUGGACGAGAUUGUGGAGGUAUUGAGAGCAAUCAAGAGUGAUGAACUUGAGACACAGGAAUCAAAAGUUUUGGAUGUUGUUGUUAGAACAGAUGAACUUGUUCUUUUGAAGAAGGGUCCUUAUCCAGCUUCACCAGAUUCUGUUGCUAACAAAUGGGUUAGCGGUUCUUCUACAUCUACUUCUUCAUAGGUUCUAAGAUUUUCCUUUUGUUUUGGUGAGGAUUUUGAUUUUUAGAUGGUAAAAGUAAAAAUUAUGCACUGGUGUCAAUGAGCUAGUUUAGAAGUCAUUUUGGCCUUCAAAUAACUUUUCUAUAAAAGCUUAUACGUUUUUACACUAUCAUGUUUUUGCAUGUAUGCUAAUAAUAUUAGUGGUAAAUUUGGAACAUUAACACUUUUCA